AUGGCAAAAACCGAGAUGGACGAUGGAGAGCUUGACUUUCAGGGUAGCGCCGAGCAGCUGACAAGCAACGGGAGCACUCGGUCGUUUGGCUCGGAUGCGGUUACACUGGACUCGGAUGGCACUGACACGUCUGGGGAGAAAGAGGUGGACAAGUACGGCUUCACUGGUGGAGCCCAACAGUACCCGGGACUCCAUGCAGAAGAAAUCCCCACAGAGGUGCUGAGACAGCGGGAGGCCAAAUGGCUGGAGAUGCUCAAUAGCUGGGACAAGUGGAUGGCUAAAAAGCACAAGAAGGUAAAAGAACGCUGUCAGAAGGGCAUCCCACCAUCGUUGCGUGGUCGCGCAUGGCUCUACCUCACGGGAGGCAAAGUGAAGGAGGAACAAAACCGGGGCAAGUUCCAGGAACUGGACAACCAACCCGGAGAUCCCAAAUGGGUGGACAUCAUCGAGAGAGACCUCCACCGGCAGUUUCCCUUCCAUGAGAUGUUUUCAGCUAGAGGCGGACAUGGGCAGCAAGACUUAUUCCGCGUGCUCAAGGCGUACACGCUGCACCGUCCCGAGGAGGGCUACUGUCAAGCUCAGGCUCCCAUCGCCGCUGUGCUCCUCAUGCACAUGCCUGCCGAGGAUGCCUUCUGGGUCCUUGUGCAGAUUUGUGAGAAGUACCUUCCUGGAUACUACAGUACAGGGCUGGAGGCCAUCCAGCUGGACGGAGAGAUCCUAUACGCUCUGCUGCGUCGAGUGUCUUCCGUGGCGCACCGUCACCUCAAACAGCACAAGUUGGAGCCCAUCUUGUACAUGACCGAGUGGUUCAUGUGCGCUUUCUCUCGUACGCUGCCCUGGGCUUCCGUGCUUCGCGUGUGGGACAUGUUCCUCUGCGAAGGAGUGAAGGUUAUUUUCCGGGUGGGCCUGGUCCUCCUCCGAUGCAUGCUGGGGUCUCAAGAGAAGGUGAAAGCCUGCCCGGGUCUCUAUGAAACUAUGGAGCUCCUCAGGGCUAUUCCGCCACAAUACAUGCAGGAGAGAUUCCUGGUGCAAGAGACUAUUGACCUGUCCGUGUCGGAGAAAGACAUCGAGAAAGAGCACCUGGCGCAGCUACGGCGCUGGCAAGAGACCCACGGCGACCUCAGCUACAGAUCCCCUCCCAGGAUGCACGGCGCCAAGGCCGUCAUGUCCGCCGAGCCGCCGGCCCGGCAGGAUCUGAGGCAGCGGCCCACCAUCAUUGUGGAAUCCCCCUCGGAGGUGGACGGCGCCAGGGACACUCGUAAGGCCAAAAAGGAGAAGCGGAAGAAGAGCGUUCUGCCGCCGGCUGAGACGAAAAACACAUCGCCCACUCUCACUGUCCCGUCGCCGCUCCUGCAACCGUUGAGCUCGCACGCGUCCAAAGAGAGCGUGAGCAGCGCCGAGCACGACACCUAUCUGUAGCACGGUGAGCAUUUUAUUGAAAUGGCUUUUCUUUUUUUUUUUUAAACACUCGUGAUUCUUAAAAUGUGUAGAAUUUCAAACCACUACCGUAUUUUGAGAAUACAUUUCGGUCCUUUGGGAAAGUUACCAAAGUCAACCUUAAGCUAGACGUGAAGGAUAUCCAAUCCGAAUGCUGAAACGGGUUUCCAGUCUCCUCUUUUAAACAUGUAAUCCCCUGAAUGAACUACAGGUGGCGAUGACGAAUAGUUUGCACUUUUUUUUUCUUUUUAGGUUUUAGCAGGCAAUAAGAGGAUGGAGAGCACCUCUGAGGUGUGCAUGACUUAACAUGCUAACUGACUUAAACAUCUGUUAUUUACUGCAAAGAAACAAUCUGUUACAUCAUAGCAGGAAAAGAUACUUACUUACUGGCCACAAUAUUAGGUCCAUCUUAUAAAAUCCACUAUGUGAACUUUUUCCAAAAAAAAAUAAAAAAUACCGACUAUAUACAUAGGUAAUAUUGAAGUUGGGUUUUUUUCAUGGAAAUUGUUUCAUAUUGGAAAUGAAUGUACCUAAUGUUGUGUCCAGUAGGUGCCCAUGCUUCACUACACAACAUUGCCAUCAAUUUUUUUUUUUGUGUUCCUACUUUGCCAACCUCAGUUUUAGUCUCUGAACAGCUGUUGUACAUUUAUGAGAGCAAAACAACUUCACACUACUUUGACUCCACCUCUUUAAAUGAAGGGACGUUGUUGUGUUACGAAGCCAAAGAUUUUUAAGUUGGGUGUGUAGUAUCUGUCAAACUAGGAGUGUUUAUGUCAUGUUGGGAAUGAAAUGAUUGAAUGCUGAAUCAGGCAUGCUGCCUAUAAAGACUUUGAAGGACUAUUACUAGAAAAAAGAAAACACUAGCAAUGGGAGAUUGUUGUUGCUGGUGGUGUCAACCACCUUACGUCCCAUUUUUCUGAGUCCGAUAUAUAAAAUGUGUAUUUUUAUAUAAUCCUUACGCAAUGAAUGUACAGCUGUUUUUAUUUACAAUGAGGUCAAAUUGUUUCUUUUGCACUUACAGGGGGAAGGCAGCAAUUAAAAGUAAAACAUUAAUUUAUACGAUGAUUGCUAUGGUGUAGGGUAAACUUGUUUAAAAACUGUCAUGUAUUUUGAUCUGAAAUCGAUUUUAUAAAAGAGAGAGACUGUGGUGGGUAUUAGAA